GGCGGCCGCCUCGGUGCGCCGGAGCCCCGGGCCCGCGCUGGCGCGCCUGGAGGGCCGCGAGUUCGAGUUUCUCAUGCGGCAGCCCAGCGUCACCAUCGGUCGCAACUCGUCGCAGGGCUCGGUGGACCUGAGUAUGGGCCUGUCCAGCUUCAUCUCGCGACGCCACCUGCAGCUCAGCUUCCAGGAGCCGCACUUCUACCUGCGGUGCCUCGGCAAGAACGGCGUCUUCGUGGACGGGGCCUUCCAGCGUCGCGGCGCGCCCGCUCUGCAGCUGCCCAAACAGUGCACCUUCCGCUUCCCCAGCACGGCGAUAAAGAUCCAGUUCACGUCGCUGUACCAUCAGGAGGAGGCCCCGGCAUCCCCCCUCCGGCCGCUCUACCCGCAGAUCUCCCCGCUGAAGAUCCACAUCCCGGAGCCGGACCUCCGGAGCCUGGUCAGCCCCGUCCCCUCCCCGACUGGCACCAUCAGUGUCCCCAACUCCUGCCCGGCCAGCCCCCGAGGGGCCGGGUCCUCCAGCUACCGCUUCGUCCAGAACGUGACCUCGGACCUGCAGCUGGCGGCAGAGUUUGCCGCGAAGGCCGCCUCGGAGCAGCAGGCCGACGCGUCCGGAGGGGACAGCCCCAAGGACGAGUCGAAGCCGCCGUACUCGUACGCACAGCUGAUCGUGCAGGCCAUCUCCUCGGCACAGGACCGGCAGCUGACGCUGAGCGGCAUCUAUGCACACAUCACCAAGCAUUACCCAUACUACCGGACAGCCGACAAGGGCUGGCAGAAUUCCAUCCGCCACAACCUCUCUCUGAACCGCUACUUCAUUAAGGUCCCUCGCUCCCAGGAGGAGCCCGGGAAGGGGUCCUUUUGGCGGAUAGACCCCGCCUCCGAGGCCAAGCUCGUGGAGCAGGCGUUCCGGAAGCGGAGGCAGCGGGGCGUCUCCUGCUUCCGCACCCCCUUCGGGCCGCUGUCAUCCAGGAGCGCCCCAGCUUCACCCACCCACCCCGGGCUCAUGUCCCCGCGUUCCAGUGGCCUGCAGACUCCAGAGUGCCUGUCCCGGGAGGGCUCACCCAUUCCGCAUGACCCUGACUUUGGGGCAAAGUUAGCUUCUGUUCCCGAGUAUCGGUAUUCCCAAAGCGCACCCGGCUCUCCCGUCAGCGCCCAGCCGGUGAUCAUGGCCGUGCCGCCCCGACCGCCCAAUCUGGUGGCCAAGCCCGUCGCCUACAUGCCGGCUUCGCUGGUGACGGCCCAGCAGCCCUCGGGCCACGCCAUCCACGUGGUGCAGCAGGCGCCCCCUGUCACCAUGCUCAGGGUGGUCACCAGCUCCGCCAGCUCUGCCAACGGAUACAUCCUCGCCAGCCAGGCCUCGGCGGGGGCUGCCCACGAAGCGGCGGGCACGGCCGUGCUGGACCUGGGCAGCGAGGCGAGAGGCUUGGAAGAGAAGCCCACCAUCGCGUUUGCCACCAUCCCUGCCGCCAGCCGAGUGAUCCAGACGGUGGCCAGCCAGAUGGCCCCAGGGGUCCCCGGACACACGGUCACCAUCCUGCAGCCGGCCACACCAGUGACCAUCGGGCAGCACCACCUUCCGGUCCGGGCGGUCACUCAGAACGGCAAGCACACCGUUCCCACGAGCAGUCUAGCCAGCAGCGCUUACGCCCUCGCCAGCCCCCUGCAGCUCCUCGCGGCUCAGGCUAGCUCGUCCACCCCGGUGGUGGUCACGCGUGUGCGCGAGGUGGGGCCUGAGGAGCCAGCAGCAGUGGCAGCCACCAGCACCGCCGCCACCGGCGCCUCCGCUUCUCCCCCCGGGGAGCCCGAGCUCAAGAGGUCCCGAGUGGAGGAGCCCAUGGGGACUGUGACCACGCAGGCCGGGGCGAUUGCGGCCGCCGGCCCACAGGGCCCCGGGACCGGGGAGUGACGUCGCCGGCGUGGAGGUGGAGUGGGACACACGCCAAAAGGAGUUCCGGAGCUGGGCCAAGGCGGCCGACACGACCGCCGCUCGGGACCGAGAUGAGAGGGCUCCACGCGGACAGAGCUCGGUGCCAAACGGGCAGGACGCCUCCGUCCACGUGCACCCGGACACACUCAUCCUCCCGGCGUCUUAUCUCCUGCCCCCGCUCUGGUUUAAAACAAAAACCCAUAAAAACGUUCAGACAGCUGAUUGUACGGUUCUGGGAAUUCUUUGUUUUCGUUUCUUUCUCCCCCCAGCAGCACCUUUUCUCCCCAUGCCUUUCGUCAAGGGCGUGGGGAGAAGGUUGUAGCUCAGCGUCUCCGGGACCACGUCCAGGCGGCCCCGACCCCGCACAGGAGCCAGGCUCCCAGAGCAGCCUUCGCCCCGAGGACGGGACAGAGAUGCAGCCUGGUGCAGACGGGCCUCCAAAGGAGAGCACAGGCCUGGGGAUCCAGCCUUGUUUGUAAGAGAUUGGAAAGAGGCGAGAGAAAGGCAGCACCGCCAGAUUUCAGACUGUCCUAUGGCUUCUUCCCUAAAAGUGACAUAGAAAGUAUUGGCAUUAAUGGGACGGAGGGGAGGGGCCUGGUUUGGCUUUGGGCCCCAAGUGUUUCUGGUUUUGUUGAAACACAGAAUUCAGGCUUCACUGUCAACCUGAGACAGACACAGAAGGGAUCAUCUGUUUUUGCGGUUUUCAUCUGUAGACAGUUUAGCGGCCGUAGGUCUGGGCUUCUUACUGGCAUUAAUCUCACGGAGAGUGAACCUGCCGCUCUGUCUGUUAACUUCAAGAAAGACUGACGGCCUCCCGGACUGGUGUUCAAGGCAGAAAGCGGUUCACACAAAAGAUCCACCUGAGCCAGCGGCUGCAGCGUCUGACCUGCGUCCUGGCCACACGGGGGACACGCGGCCACUGGUCCUUGGGGGAAGGAGGUGGCCGCUCGACAGGAGGACUGUCACGUCGAGUGGCCCCCGUUUCCCGGUGGCUCUGAUGGCCGGCUGCCACGCGGCCGCUCACCAGGCUUUAUCACCAGGUUCCAGUGUCUUCACCGCCCGACAGCCUGCCUGGCGUUUCCCAUCGGAACCGUGUCUGCCGCCCGUGGCGCCGGAGGCCCUGGGCUCGGCCCACAGCUCGCGCCGGCUCGGUGGGACCCCCUGCGCCCCCCAGAGACGUGAGCAGAGCAGGGGGAGCCCGCAGUCCUUCGGCUUCGCUGGGAGAACGUUCUCAGGAAAUGUUACGCACGUCUCUGUGAAAAGUGGCUUUCAACUUGGCCUGGCGCCCCGCGUCGGACCUUCCGCACGAGCUCCAGGGGCCCAGGUGGGAACGGUUCCUCCCACACAGAGCGCCGUCCGCAUCAGGGCCCCGACGGCAGCGCCACCGCAGGGCCAGGCGUGGCCAGGUGCUCUAGCUGUCGCGGUUGUCCCCGCAUGCCUGGCCCGGGAAACGCCUGGUCCGGCGUCCGCGGCACUGAACCCCACGUGGGAAGGAGCUCUCCUGUGACGUGGCCAAGACGGGGAGGCGUGGCGCCUCGGCCCUGUUCCCGCCCAGUGGUGAGAGGCGCUCACGACCCGCUGACGUUCUGUGCUGUGUCGCGUGGACUGUGUCUUUGGCCGCGCCUGGUGUGUGUGGGCGAGUGUGAGAGCGAGUGAGGCCGAGGCGGGCGCCCCGACGCCGGUGGCCUGGCCCACGUGGGUCCUCGGCCAGGGCUUCGGGGCGGCCAUCGCUUCCUUCCCCUUCGUUGCUGCUCGGUCCCGGGGCUGCGCAGGCCUCCCGCAGGGCUUUUUGCUCGCAAGCUGUCCUCCUCGGGAGAGCUGGCGCCCCCCACGGGGGACAGACGCCCGGGACAGCUGAGGCCACGGGACGCCCUCAGCCCCGGGCCCCGCUGCUUGGUCUGGCCAGUCUGGCCCUGACCCUGUGCUUUCCUGACUUCUGAGCUUCUUUGGUUUCUGUCUGUUACCAGCGGCGAUCCCACUGUUUGUUCUGGCCGUAGUUCAGGGAGAAGGGAGUGGAGGGGGGUGACUGGAACCGGAAGGGAGACAGGACAGGGUAUCCUUCGGUGACAUUCUGCCACGUGGAGAACUUGUUCCUUUUUUGCUCCUUCUGGGAAGGAGAAGAAGGGACCCUGUGGAGCCUGGCCUCGGGGGACCUACCACUCCAGGUUCACGGUAUGCUUCCGGAUGGGCCUUUGGUCACCUGACGAGAUGGCAUGCAUGGCUCCUGCCAGCACUUGUCCUGGGGCUGGUAGCCAGGGGGCCCAGGAGUGGCCAGCUCCCCAGGGAAGACGCAUGUCGCGGCCGGAAGGGUCGCCGAUGUCCUCAGAUGGUUCCACACCCCCUUCCCCCGCCAGACCCGUCCAGGGGAGCAAGGGCGGCAGGCCAGAGCGACAGCGGAGCCGCUGCCCUCAGGGCCCGGCGCCGCGGCCCGCCACAGGCAUGCGCUGCGGCGCCUGGGCUGAGCCAGCCGAGGCUGGGACAGGAAGCGCAACCAAGUCGACCUGGCCUGAUGGUCGUGUCACUGCAGCCUCAGGGCACCCAGGGGCUGGGAUCUGCGCAGAGGAUCAGCCAGGCGGGUGCGGCUCGGGGCGGGGCACUUGGGCCCCUGUUGUCACAGCGGCUCCAUCUCUAUCCGGGUACCUGGGUCCACCUGUCUGGCUGUGCUUGACGAGUCAUCACCUUUACCAGUGCCAGAUACAGGGAAACACGCUCUGCACAGGAAGGAAGUCAGGAAAUCACUGCUCUUAAGCAGUUGAGUGUCUCCCCCAGGACAGUUGGGUGCAGCGUCGGAAGUGGGAAGGGCUGCACCUAGGAGCUCAUCACUGCCCCGGGGUGAACACCGAGUGUCACUCGUCCGCCACCUGCGGCUUUCUCUCCACGCGAAGCUCCCGGUCACACAGCGCCGUCGAGGGCAGAACCUGUGAUCAGUGCUCAGACAGUCUAUCCAGCUUCACUUCUUCUUAGGUCCGUAAAGGGUACACAACCUGCAUUCCCCAUGAGAUCAGAGUCGUGCUGGGGGGCGGGUCCCUAGGCCGGACACCGUCGUCUCUGACUCGCUCGCUGCAGGGGGGGCCUUCGGUCUCCCUCCCAGGGCCUGGCUGGUUCGUGUUUGGGGCUUGCUGUUUGUGGGAGUUUGGUGAAAGUGGAUUUCUGAGUUGCUAAACGUGCAUCGGUGAUUCUCAAGCUGGAAGGGAGUGGGUUUGUGGGGGGCCCCCGGGCUGCCUGGCCCCUUCUCUGGACCUCACUGGUCCUGGCGAAAGACUAGUUCAAGGUCGCAGACAUCGUUCAGCUAAUGCUCUUACUUCCUCUAAAGGUAGCUCUGCGUGGACCAUUCCGAGUGAGCUGUGCAUCUCCUGGGGCGUGUUGUGAGAUCUCUGUGGACAGAAACCCCUUUCUUUGGCCGCUUGGAGUUCAGAAGGAGGAGAAAGACUUUUUUUUUGGCUUUUUACUUUGGUCAGUUUCUUCCUUUAUGCAGACAAAGAACAGACCAAACGUGAGCGCGUGUUAGAGAAGAGAGGUUUGCUCGCGGGGUUUCUAGGGCUUAGACUUAACAUACAGUUGAUGCGGGGGAAUGAGCUGUUUUUCUCCAAAUGCCUCAAGUUCUGCUCUGCCCUGGGAUGGCUUCGUCUGGGACGAGGGACCGUCGUGCCCCCGGGAACGGGCUUCGGGCGCCACAGACCAUGGCGGCCGCCCCUCGCUUCAGUGCCGAGUAAACAGUGCGCUGCUUGUUCUAGAAUAAGUUACCCAAGAUGAUCACGAGGCUCUGCAAGUAGAAGCGGCCAGAGUUGCUAAACCGAGGCCCCGUCCCCGCGUGGCUGACGGUGAAAGUGGCUUCUCCACGGCUGCCCGAAGCCGCCCUCGUGAUACCUCUGCCAAGAGACCAUGGUGUUUAAUAAGAGCAUCAUUUAAACCAUUCACACGUGCUGCUGUAAAGGUGGGAGGGCCCGAGAGGGAGGGAGGGAGGCCCGGGGCUGGGGUGCGGUGGGCACAGCGGUGGUUUCUGUCCGUGGUCCUCAGGUUGCUUCCCCGUGUCUUAGAAACUACUCUCAUCUCACAGGUUCCUUUCUCGAGGCCUUGUUUCCCACGUUAGGGUUCAAAAUGCUCAGGACACAGCUCGCGCCAUUGUGUGUGUACCCGCCCUUCCUGCCGGGGCCCCGCUUCUUGGGUUUUCUUUUACCACCAGAAGCAGCUCCCUCUGGGUCCAAGGGCGGCGGGUCUGGGCCCGACGCCUGCAGGUGUCCUCGGCCAUCGGUAGCUGCGCGGCCCCUCGGGUGACCUUGUCCGACUGUGAGGGUCUCUGCGGAGAGCGGCCGCCCGCUCUGUCCGGCCCCGGAGUCACAGCCGCUCUGCAGCGCGGGGUGUGUGACACAACCACCAGCAUUUCCUCCGAACGGGAAUAGAAAACGGGCCGUCUGCCGAGUGUGUUUAGGGAAAGUAGUUUUUGCUCAUAUGCUGCAAAGAAAGGACGGUCACUUGCCGAGUUGUCGUGCCCCCAGCACUGCCGGGCUAUCGGGGGCGUCUCUGCAGAAGGCCUCCCAGCCGGGCUCAGGCCGCAGCUCGGCCCUGCCUCCGCAGGGACGGUCCCCUCCUGCCAUCAGACCGCAUCCUGCUGCGCCACCACCGUCUCCCGGCCCCGCCCCCCCCCCCCGCGCCUGCCCCGGGGACACAGGGCAACUCAGCAGAAGAGAGAGGUUGGAAGGAUUGUUGCCUCUGGGUGUGACGAGAACCCCGUGUCCCCAUCACAUCCGAGUGGAUGUCUGAGCAGCCGCUGUGGGAGGUCCAAUCUGUCGGGAAAACUGUCCCUGUUCCUGACCCGAGCAGCACGGUGCCCCUGCCGCCUGCUGACGGGAGGCCUCCUGCGGACCGGCCGCUGGCCAGGAUCAGGGCGCUGGUGCUGUGUUCUCACGCAGGGCUGGAAUGAAGAACUCCUCGAGCGAGUGAGCCUCAGGACCCUCAGUGUCUUUUCCUUUCCCUAACGGUUUUCGCUGCUCAGUGUUUUAGAAGAGAAUGGAGGCGGCACUUUGUUUCUAGGCUUCUUUCUUUCUCUCCAAGGAGGAGCCCCACUCAGAGGAUUUCGUUCAUUCCUUGUACCUGCUUACCAUGCUGGUAGCGAUUGGGAAGAGGUCGAGAGAAGACGAAGCGGACACGCUUCUCCACUUGGGCUGACGUGCCCAAAACUGGCUGCACGGGGCCCGCACCCCCGGCCGGAUGAGCCAGGGUGUCUUCGGUUUAUGCCUCUGGGUUUUAGUCUCCCUUUCGCGUCCAAGGGAGACGUGAGAGGCCUCCAAACUACUCUCACCUUUCUGCCCCAACCCGGUUAUUUUAAGAGUCAAGAUAGAACUGGAAGAAUUCCAGCUCAUUAUUCUUUAUUUGAGAAUCUUUUCCGGAACCGUUGGCUCAUUUGAUUCGUCCAAAUACUUAUUGAUGGUUUACUCUGUGUCAGAAACAGUAAAAAGUGCAGGGGAGGCCAGACCCUAGAGGGACAUGGCCAUUUAGACCUGCGGUUAACGUUCCGGUGGUCUGACACUUUAAAAAGAUUCUGUGCUUCCUGUGUAAAGGUUUUCUUACCUGCAGUAAUAGGACUUGCUCCUCUGAGCUGUUGCCCAGAGCCACGAGGAGUGCUGUGACCUGUCCCCAAAUUCUGAACGUAUUGGCUGAGCUGGAAUGAGGCCUGUGACUCUGAAAUGGAAUUUUUGUGCAUGAAGUUAACUGGCCUAAAGGGGAUCGAACUACACCUGUGGCCUCUUAAGAUCUUAGCCUCUAAAUUUCUGGGUUAACUGGUCCAAAAAAUUUUUUUUAAUAAGUAAAAAUAGGAUUUAAAACUCCCAACACUUUAAGUUUGGCCCUUACCUCCUCCCCUCCCAGCUUCCUUUCAGGAAGGGCUUUCUGAAUACCUUGUAGCCCAGAACUGGCUCGAUUUCUAGCUCAGGACGGGGAUCCGGGAGGAAAGAAGAAAGUGUGUCCCUGCUCGUGGCUUACACUCGGGCCCUGACCUUGGGCAGCUUGGUGCACGUGGGGGAGGGUUAAACCCAGCACGGAUUGUUCCUUCUUCUCUGACUGAGAAUUCUCCUGUAAAGAUCAUUUGGGGGGGGGGGGGUGUUGUUAGGGGCGUGUCUGUGUGAGUGGUGGUUGUUUUUUUUUUUUAAUGGUGUCUGUCUAGAGUAUUUUUCACAAUAUGUUUAAUCGUCAGUGCUUUAAAAAGUGGUGGCACCCUGUACAGUGAAUUAGGUCCCAGAGCGUUGGAUGGGAAGCUGCACCACCUGUGAGUGUGAUGGGGCCUGUGGGACACCCAGGAGGGUCGGCACAAACCCCGGCACGGGGACGAGAGGACGGGGUGGGGCCCACCGCAGCUGGGCCGGCCUGCGUUUUCAUUUCAAAUGGGAUACAGUAUUUUUUUUAAUAAGGAGCCAUACUUUUUUUUUUUAAGUUUGAGAUCUGAAUGUGAUUUCUAAUUGUACCAGACGUUAAUGUUUUAAAGCUGUAACAAAGUUUAAAAUUUCUACUUUUUGUUUCUCAUUUAUUUUAACUGUUCUUUUAUCUAUUAAAUCGUUGUAUGUGGAUAGGGAAGUUUUGUUUCUCCUCUUAGCAUUUGUUUCUAUAACCAGAAAUAAAAUUAUAUAUUAAAGAAACGA